CUUGCCUAAUUUGGUCCUUAUGACAUGCACGCCCACCGAGGCGGAGGCACCUCCCCAAUCAGGACUCGCUCAUCAGACAUUCGCACCGCCCAAUCGGCGUUCAAUUCGCUCCCACCUUCGACUGCCGGAAGCUGCCGUUCGGCGUGAGACACAAUUCGACCGGUAGUGAAACUGUUCCGAUCCGCCGAUUGUCCUCUCUCUCUCAGGUUGAAUUAACGGGUCAUGGAUGAUGACACAGGGCAGCUUAGAAGAGCACUUAUUGAUGCUACUGCAGGUGCGAUUUCGGGUGGCAUAUCGAGGACUGUGACGUCUCCGCUCGAUGUAAUUAAGAUCAGAUUCCAGGUUCAAUUGGAGCCUAUUUCCAAGUGGCCAUUGCUCGGCAAUGAUGUGUAUCAACCCUCUAAGUACACCGGGAUUUUGCAAGCAACAAAGGACAUCUUCAGAGAGGAAGGCUUACGGGGCUAUUGGCGGGGUAAUGUUCCUGCACUUUUGAUGGUCAUGCCAUAUACGGCCAUACAAUUUAGUGUGUUGCAUAAGUUGAAAACCAUAGCUUCUGGAUCUUCAAAAUCAGAAGAUCACAUUAAUUUGAGUCCAAUUAUCUCAUUCGUCAGUGGGGCAUUAGCAGGCUGUGCAGCUACUAUUGGAUCAUAUCCAUUUGACCUGUUAAGAACAGUAUUAGCUUCACAAGGGGAGCCCAAGGUAUACCAAAACAUGAGAUCUGCUUUUGUUGAUAUACUUAGAAGUCGUGGGAUUCAAGGUCUGUAUUCUGGACUGAGUCCCACCCUUGUGGAGAUCAUUCCCUAUGCCGGUUUACAGUUUGGAACUUAUGAUAUGUUCAAGCGCUGGACAAUGGCUUGGAACCAUCGCAGGCAAUCAGGCUUUAGUGAGGUUGAUUUUGCUCCUUCAGGAUUCCAGCUCUCUCUUUGUGGUUUAGCUGCUGGAAUAACUGCUAAAGUUGUCUGUCAUCCCCUAGAUGUAGUGAAGAAAAGGUUUCAGAUUGAAGGCCUACAGAGGCACCCGAGAUAUGGAGCACGAGUAGAGAUCAACGCAUACAAAAACAUGUAUGAUGCUCUGCGUAACAUUUUUCUCCAGGAAGGAUGGGCCGGGCUUUAUAAGGGCAUAGUUCCAUCAGUCAUCAAAGCCGCCCCAGCAAGUGCUGUUACAUUUGUUGCCUAUGAAUUUACCUCAGAGCGGCUAGAAUACUUUCUAAGGCAAAGCUUUCACAGUUUUCGUUCUCCGUCUACUACUGAGGCAAACGAGUAGACCUUUUCCUCGUUCUUUCGUCAACUUAUUUAUAAGCAAAGGGGCCUCCGAUGAUGGAAAUACCGGUCACUGGGAACUACUGCUCACCAAUGUUGCAUGAAAGCUCUCAAGUAAGUGCUGUUUCAUGUCUCAUUUGGGGUUUUUGGAAGAGUAGUGCUACUUUAACCCAUGGAUGACACCAUCACAAUCAGGCAUGGAUAGUGUGUGACACACAUAGUCAUUGUUGUAAUACAGUGACUGUCAAUCUUGGUGUCACCCUUGGUGUCAGUGUAGCAUGACCCAUUUUAGAAUGACCCUCACAACCAAAUCUUUUCUACGUAAUAUUUAGAGAAGUUGGUAUUUCCCGUUCCUGUUUGAGUAUCUGUCCACACCUCCUUGCAACAUAGUUCAUCGCUUCUUAAAAAUCCCACGGCCACCUGUAGCAUAUUUAGUGGCAAUGUAGAAUGUUGUCAUUUACGUACGGAUAUAAAACAUUUUGUUUUUGUAAUAGAGGUUUAUGUGGAACUUCAUAAAUAUAGAUUCACUUGUACAGAUAGAAAAUUGUUCAGUCAGAAAGGCCAAGGGGAGUGGAAUAUUGUUAUGGUGUACCUCAUAGCUAAAAAGAUAUGU